UCGCAACCGAUAUCCACUUUUUCCCACUCAAAAGCGCUUUGCGAAAGCUUAGCCAUACAAUAUCGAACCCUCGAGCAGUUCCAGAUAGCUCAAGCUUAAUCGAAACAAGCAGACAUCAGAAUGGCCGUCUCUGCGCUAAACGUUAAGACCCCAAAUCUUCAUAGCCUUCAAAGUUUCAAUCGCAAGUCCUUCUUCACCACCAAACCCAAUUCUUCGUCUCCAAAUUCUUCGUCUUCUCUUUGUUCCGGUUCUACUCGUGCUUGCUUUUCAAAUGCAGUCAAUGCAAAGCUAUCAAAUUCUGCAAUCAAGAACCGUGUUUUUGAUGUGGGUGUUGGGAUUUUAGCAGCCUCGAUUCUGGCUUUCUCACCGUUAGAUGCAGAUGCUACUAGAAUUGAGUACUACGCCACUGUGGGAGAGCCUUUGUGUGAACUCAAUUUCGUUCGGUCUGGGCUUGGCUACUGUGACGUCUCGGUCGGGCCCGGUGCGGAAGCUCCUUACGCUGAGCUUAUCGAUAUUCACUACACUGCAAGAUUCGGAGAUGGGACAGUCUUUGACAGUAGCUAUAAACGUGCUAGACCUCUCACUAUGCGUAUCGGCGUUGGCAAGGUCAUCAAGGGAUUGGACCAGGGGAUUUUUGGAGGUGAAGGAGUACCUCCAAUGCACGUAGGUGGAAAACGCAAGCUUCACAUUCCUCCUGAAUUAGCAUAUGGGCCAGAACCAGCAGGAUGCUUUUCAGGUGACUGCAAUGUACCUGGCAAUGCAACUCUUCUAUAUGAUAUUAAUUUUGUUCGUAUCUACAGCGGGAACAGAAAGUGAAGCUCACAUUCAUUAGCAUAUGGAUGGGAAGCCUAUGAGGUUCAAGCUUGGUUUUCAAUGUUUAGGGCGCCGAAGUGCAUCUUGCUUUUGAAUAUGGUUCAAAUUGUAUGGCUGACACUAGUCACCCUUCUCAAAAAGUGCAAGUGCCAUAUCUGGCCUAACGCAACUGCUUUCCAACUGUUCUUUUCCUGAAGUAAGACUCGCAUCAAGCUCCCCUUGAAGCUGGAAGUUCUUCUGAUUUUGGUGGUAAUCGAUUGAUUUAACAUGUUUGUCUUUUGCACAUGGCUUGCAACAAGACCACCUGUAUAUGUGAUAUUGAUCUUAAGAAGAGUACAUAACAUUGUGAAUUU